AUGCACACAAUAGAGUUCCAGAAGAGGGGUUUGCCGCACGUGCAUAUCCUUCUGUGGCUGAAACCACAACAUAAAAUCAAAACAGGAGAUGACAUAGACAAGCACAUAUCAGCAGAGCUUCCUGACCCCAAGCUAUAUCCGAAGUUGUACGAGGCGGUUUCGUCUUACAUGAUUCACGGGCCGUGUGGUCCAAUUGAUCCGAAAUCUGUUUGCAUGGUGGACGGCAAGUGCUCUAAGCAUUUUCCGAAAAAAUUCCAGAACUGCACCGCUAUUGAUGACGAUGGAUUCCCAAUAUAUAAGAGAAGGACCACUAAAAUUACCGUCACGAAAAAAGGUGUUCCUCUUGACAAUGGGUUUGUUGUUCCGUACAAUCCUAAACUUUUAAUGAAGUACCAGGGUCACAUCAAUGUUGAGUACUGCAACAAGUCAAAUGCUAUCAAAUAUCUGUUUAAGUAUAUCAACAAAGGACCUGGUAGGGUCAAUGUCCAAAUAUCAAAAGAUGGUGGAGGUCCAGACAAGUCACAGGUGCAAGACGAGAUAAAACAGUAUUACGACAGCAGGUACUUAACUCCAUGUGAGGCGGCGUGGAGGACUUUCAAAUUUGAUAUACACGAUAGGUGGCCGCCAGUUGUCAGGUUAGGAUUCCAUCUCCCUAACCAGCAAAGGGUACUAUUCAAAGAAUCCGACGACUUGGAAGAGGUUGUUCAAAAAUUCUCCAAGAAGGAAACCAAAUUUCUGGCAUGGAUGAAAGCCAACAAGCGAUACCCAGAGGGGAGGAAUCUCACUUAUGCAGAGUUCCCAUCUAAAUUUGUAUACAGGGAAGGCGCCCAUGAAUGGGUCCCUAGAAAAAGGGGCCUCUCGCUCGAAAGAGUGCAAUAUAUUGCUCCUGGCAUGGGCGAGGUGUAUUACAUAAGGGUUCUGCUGACGCGUCAAAGAGGUGGUGACAGCUUUGAGAGCAUAAGGGCCGUUAAAUGA